CCAAACACCCCUUAAUGGGUAAAAUCACCGUUAACGGAGGCAUCCAUGAUCCAUGGGAUGGUGGUGGUAAUGGCGGUAUAAUCGUAUAAUUGGAAGAGAUGACGGGUUAUGUAGAUGCUACUAGUUAUACACCUUAUUUCGCAGAUGCCCAACUUUUCUCUAAGACCCUUCUAACCCUAACCCUAACUGUAACCCUAUCUCUCUCGUUCGACGUCCGUUGUCUUCUGCUUUCAAGUUGGAAUCCGUUAAGCGUUUGCUAUUACCAUGGAAAGUUCUGGAGGUUUUAGCUUCAAUGAUAUGAAUCAAACCAUGAGGAAGAAAAGGAGUGAUCGACGCCCUCGGAAUGAUAUUCAACCAGAGAAUAACAACUCACCGUUGUCAUCUUCUCCACCUUCAAACAAUGGAAGCAAACGACCAAGCGAUGAUAGUGGUGGUCACGACACUAGUUAUCACAGGAAGAUACUUAAUCUGAACCAGUGCAAUUCAAGGGCUUCAUACACCAAUUCUGAACUUGAAACGCAGACCAGUAGUGAUGAUAAGGACACUGGGGUGGAUACUAGUGAAGUUUUUGCAUCAAACUAUAAAGACACAAAGUUUGAUGAUGGACAUAAUUCCGGAUCAUUGGAUGUGGAUUCAGAUGCAAAGGGAGUUGAUAAUGUAGUGAAGAAAGUAAAGCUUAAGGUUGGGGGUGUCAUACGAACUAUACAUGCAAAGCCUUCUAGUUUGAAGCCUCCACAUCGCCCAAAGCAGAAACAGAAUUCUCAGGAAAAUCCAAAUCCUCAAGAUACAGGCAGUGGGUUACGAGGGAUUCCAUGGAAGGAUUUCUCUAGAAGUGGUUUUUCUGUUGGAAAAACCUCUUCAUCAAAACGCCCAUCAACAGAAGAAAGCAUAUCUAAAAACCACAAUUCAGUUAACAACACAAAACGUGUGUCCAAAAAGCGCGUAUUAGAUGAUACCAAUGAUGAAGAUGAUGAUGAUGCUGAGUUGCGUUACCUUGCAAAGAUGAAGCUGAAAUCCACAAAAGUUAAUGAAGAAGAUGAAGGUGGAAGCAAGAAGCAUAGAAAGAUUUCAAGUGUUCUUAAAAUGGAAAGUCUUGGGUCAUCAAAAGUAGAAAAAGAAAAGAAAAAGCUGAAAUCUGAAGAUACUGAUUACACAGGGGAAGAACGUGCGUCUGCUGGUGAAGACUCUGGUAGAGAAAUGACUGUCACCACUCGCCGGAAAGCCCUUCAAUCCGGCAGAGAUGUCUCCGGCGACUUUGCCGCCAGUGUGGUUGAGUUCCCCAAUGGUUUACCGCCUGCACCACCUAGAAAGCAAAAAGAAAAAUUAUCUGAAGUAGAACAUCAACUUAAAAAAGCUGAGGCUGCUCAGCGUAGGAAAAUACAGGCUGCAAAGGCAGCACGUGAGUCCGAGGCUGAGGCCAUUAGGAAAAUAUUAGGUCAAGACUCCAGCAGAAAGAAGCGAGAAAUGAAACAGAAGCAGAGGCAAGAGGAGUUAGCCCAGGAGAGAACUUCAAAUUCUGCAACACUCCCAUCCAACACUGUUAGAUUGAUGAUUCGUCCCACUGGAACAGUUGUCACAUUUUCUGAUGAUAUUGGAUUGCCAAACAUUUUUGAAUCCAGGCCUUGCAGUUACCCUCCUCCACGGGAAAAGUGUGCGGGCCCAUCUUGUUCAAAGCCAUUUAAGUACAGAGAUUCAAGGUCAAAACUCCCGUUGUGCAGUCUCCAAUGCUACAAGGCAGUACAAGGGGCUGUUUAUUGAUUAGUAAUAUUUCAAACAAGUUCAAUAGAAACUUUUUGUGGAAUAAUCAUUGAUAUAUGACCAUUAGUCAUAUUUGCCUA